CCCUAAUUCUCUUCGACUGACUUUCUUUCUGGUCUGAAUGCUAAUAUCUAUUAUCCACUAAGUUAUCCAAAGCCUACCUAUGUUUAUAGAUCGCGAUUAGUUGCGUCUUAUGUCCCUAUAACUAACCGAAGAGAUGAAGAGGGAAAUUAACGUGACCAAUGAGUCCUAUCCAGAAUAUUCCCAACCGGCGCAGUACACUGUAAUAUCAACCGAGUUGAACCAGGAGUCCGCCAACAGUUCGGGAGAAGAAUUAAGAUAUAAUUCCUACCAUGAUAUCAGCUUCGAGAACAGAAACGCAGGCUCUAGGAACAGGAAUUCGGCAUAUGAUAGCCUCCUGAUGGAGCCGAUAAGUGACCCGGGAGCAGAAGAAGCACUGGAGGGCAAUGAAAAGAAAUUCGUUACCAUAGGUCCUCGACGGCGACUUUUUAGGAGCUGGAUGUGGGAAAUCGGCGCAUGCUUUCUUAGCCUCGCUAGUAUUGCAGCAGUGAUAGCUGUUCUAUCUGUCGAGAACCACAAACCCCUGGAUCAGUGGGCUUGGAGCAUAGGCCCGACAGCUGUAGUAUCUUUCAUCGGAACAAUCGCCAAGUCCGCUAUGUUAGUCGCUAUAGCCGAGAUUCUUAGUCAACUCAAGUGGCAGCAUUUUCAUGGUGAGACACACCCUCUGAUUGACCUUGAGAUCUUCGAUGGGGCUAGUCGAGGACCAGUAGGGGCUAUCCAGCUCUUGUGGAUGAAAAAUAUUCGGACGCUACUGGCAUCCUUGGCGGCGAUCGUCGUCAUCGUGUCAAUGCUCGUCGACCCAUUCGUGCAAUUGGUUUUUGAAUUUCCUGCUCUUUCUCGGCCGGUUUCAACUGCCAGCGCAUUCUUAAACCAAACGCAAGUAUACGAUCCGAAUGGGUAUAUUAUGGACGCCCAUCUUACGGGAACUACAGCGUCGGCUGUCAACGCACAGAUGCAAGCAGCAAUUAUCAAGGCAGUGUCUGAACAACCACAGCCGCCCGCAGCUAUCUGCAGCACUGGAAAUUGUACUUGGCCUCCUAUUACCACACUUGGGGUCUGCGCCGACUGUACAAAUGUUACGCGACAAGUCAAUAUAACUUGCCCGGGUCCAACGGUGGCGAAUCAUGGGCAGUAUCAAUGUGACUACGGUAUGCCGUCCGGACGGAAUAUAUCUGGCUUUAUGUUUCGUGCCGGUGCUUCUGGCGAUGUUUUCCCUACGAGAUGGAAUUCUUCUGCCCUUUCGCUUGGCGAUAAUCCCGGGGAUGCAGGCUCAGAUGCGCUCUUGGCCUAUAUAGAAGCUGUACAACUCAAGGCUGCAUUUGAUUAUGGCACCGACGAUAUGUCAUCGGUACUUCGACAGCCGACUGCUUGGACAUGCAGCUUCGCCCUUUGCGCUAAGACGUACGACAGUCUAAGUAUGACGAAUGGAGAAAUGAGCACCUCAACGCCAACCGAAGACAUCAUGGUUCUCACCGGCAAUACUACCAAUCAAACUACACCCGUGGGGGGAGGACUUUCCGGCUUGUCUUUUUACCAGGGCUUGAAGGUUAACUCUAGCUCAUCCUCGGAAGACGCAUACCGCAUCAACCAAGCAGAUUAUGCGAAUCUAGCAAACUAUCUCACGGAGCUCUUUUCUACGGGUUGGGGCGAAAGAGGAUUCGGAGCGUCGAACCGUGUACAACAGUCCACAGCACCGAACUUAGGGUGGGGACUCUCAGAAGCUGAGGAUCUUGCGCAGACGGUCCGAAGCAUUGCUGAGGGUAUGACGGAGAUUAUGCGAAAUAGCCGCAAUAGCACGCCGAUAGCAGGAGAGGCCCUCCGUACUCGGGUCUACAUCGAAGUCCAGUGGGGAUGGAUGGCAUUACCUCUUACUCUCAUCGUAUUAAGUCUUUUUCUCCUCGUUGUCAUGGUUGUAAGAACUCACAGGAGUGACUUACCGGUCUGGAAGAGCUCUAGCAUAGCCCUACUUUCUCACGAGGUGAUUGGCUGGGCUCCUGGGGAUGGAGUUCUAAGAGAGACCUCGACACUACAAAAGGAGGCGAAAGAUAUAUCAGUUACGCUACCAAAUGGCUCGCAAGACAUGAGGUUUUUCAAGAAUUAA